AUGGCUUCCAUGGCUUUUCGCUCAGUGGCUUUGCCUACUCGAGUGUUCCGUGCCAAUAUGUCCAAGUUUCCUGGCCACCGCAAUAUCUCCUUCUCCUCGUACUUGGUGACCCCUAACCAGCUUAAUGAGGCUCUCAAGAAGAACCCCCCCGAGCAAGAUCUCUACUUCGCCCCGGGUCGUACGGGAAUGGACUCUUUCCGCAAGUCCCGCAUCCCCCAGUCUCGCUUCUUCGACAUUGAUGCCGUCAAAGAUCAUGACUCGCCUUAUCCGCAUAUGCUGCCCACAUGCGAAGCAUUUGCGGAAGCCAUGAGUGAUUUGGGUAUUCGUCGUGAUGACGAAGUUGUCGUCUACGAUACCGCCGAGCUGGGUAUCUUCAGUGCUCCACGCGUGGGCUGGACCUUGCGCGUGUUCGGCCACCCCAACGUGCACAUUCUUAACAACUAUCGUCUUUGGGUGAAAGAAGGUCUUCCGACCGAGAGUGGUGAGCCGCCAUCUAUUGAAAAGUGCAAGUACCCGGUCCCCACCUACGAUGCGAGGUUGGUCAUUUCCUUCCGUGAGAUGAAGGAGCUCGCGAUGGACUACGGCAAGGAGGGCGCCGAAGAGAUCGAAAUCCUGGAUGCUCGCUCAUACGGUCGCUGGGCUGGUACUGAUCCUGAACCUCGACCUGGUCUUUCGUCGGGCCAUUUGCCGGGCUCCAAGAGCAUGCCGUUCCAGGAAUUGCUCGACCCGGAGACAAAGACUUAUCGCUCCCCGGAGGAACUGCGCAAAAUAUUCGAGGAUCGGAAGAUCAACCCGGAGCUCUCGAUUAUCAGCUCCUGCGGUACUGGUGUGACUGCCACUAUCAUUGAGACAGCCCUGGGUGAGGCGGAGUAUGGAAGCCCAAACCUGCGUCGAGUAUAUGACGGCAGCUGGACUGAGUGGGCACAGCGGGUCAAGGAAUCCGAUGGUCUCAUCAAGAAGGUGAAGCAAUAA